AGUAUUGAAAUGAGUUAUUUAUUUACUAGUUGAAAUCAACAUUUUUCAAGUAUUAGCAUCGAUCGAAAGGCAGAUCUCUUCAUUGCCUUAUCGUCACCGUCCUAAUAUAUUUGAAUUUGAUAGAUAACAAGUAGCUAUGUCCAAUGAGGAGCGUCUUCGAAAAUUAUUAUCUGAUUUAGGAAAGGCAACUUUACGUGGUGUGAGAAAGUGUCCAAAAUGUGGAACAUAUAACGGAUCUCGUGGAUUGUGUUGUAAAAAUAAAUAUUGUGAUGCGGUAUUUAAAGAACCAGGAGAAAAACGAAAAUUAUCUACGGAAGCUUGUAAAUUAAUAACCGGUUCGACUGCGCAAGUGUUCUCUGUUCGAGUGAGAGACAAAGGUCCUGAUUAUCGAGGUUUUGUACAAUUGCCAUUAAUAAAUGCAACAAUUUCUAACGAAAUUACAACAUUAAUUUCACAAACAACCGCUCUAUGUUUUGUGGAUACUUGCGAGAGAAGUUUUGAUACCAGUGUCCUUAAAUGUCAUGAGAAAGAUUCAUCUGAUUUAUCCGUAUCAACGUGUCAACAUAUCCAAGCUGCAUUAAGAUGUUAUGCUGAGGCUCAACCAUUGACCCUAAGAAAUUCUAUUUUAUCAUCUUUAAAUGUAAACAAUGAAAUGAAACAAGAAAUUUGGUUAUUAGCUACAGAAACUUCUGGUCCAUUGGUACAAAGAGUUUCUAAAAAUAUAAUGGCUGUAAAAUGUAAAGCUUCGCCAAAACAUCCUUUAGGAUAUCUUCAUUUUUCUUUCUUUGUUACUAAAUUGAAAGAUAGAGUAGAACAUCGUUGUUUCUGUAGUUGUACUGCAUUUAAGGGUACAACAAAAUCAAUUGGAGAUAAGAUAGAAACAAUGCAUUUUUUGCAAGCAAAGCGCUGUGUACAUUUUUAUGCAUGUAUAUGUGCCUUUGCUAGUGAUCCUAAAUUGUCGGAAGAAUUUAGUUAUUAUAUAAACUUAAAUCAAAAUGAUUUAAGUAUACCAAAGCCAUCAGUAUCAAUUUUGCAACAUAAUGAACAAGAUAAAAUAGUUGGAAUAGAUCUAGAUGCUUUAAACACAGAUGAUGCUGAUACACAUCUGUUGAUUUUUCGUGAUGACACUUUAACUGUGCAAAGUUUAGAUGGAAAUAGACUUGAUUUAGAUUCAAUGAACUUGGAUUCAUCAAUUUUACCUAAUAGCAUUGUUGAAAAUAUUGAAGUGGAAUGUGAUCGUAGUUUGUUAGAAGAUAAUAAUAUUAUUUCUCAGGUUCAUAAUUUGGAAGUUAUCGACCAGAAUGGUGUACAAUUUAAUGGAAAUACUAUGAAAAUAUUAGAUGAGCAAACUGAAAUUGAUACAAAGUACAAUGUAUUAAAUAGUCAAUAUAUAUUAAAUGAUAAUAAUAUAAAAAUAUUAAAUACUGGAAAUUUAAAAGUCAUUGAUACAAAUACAGUAUUAGAUGUAAACAAUAUAAAAUUAAUAGAUACUAAUGCAGUAAUAAAUGGUAGUGAGAUUAAGAUGAUAGAAAAGAAUGCUUUAAUACAGUAUGAUAAUGGAAAUAUAUCUAAUUCUGAAAGUGGUUCUAUCCAACCGGCUGUUUCAAUAAAGAGAAAAAGAGAUGACAAAAAUAUGAAUAAAUUAAAUGCUACAGGUCUAAAUAAUUUAAGUUCCAUUGAACCUAGAAAAUCAAAAGCAAAACCAACUAUUAUAAAGAGAUAUCAAAAUUCAUGCGAAGACUUGGACGAAGCUAAUACAAGCCUAUCUUUCAUAAAAUGGUUAGCAUCAAUUACAGAGAGAAUAAAUCAAACAAUGCAUUUUCAAUUUGAUGGAAAACCUGACCCUUUGGUAUUUCAUGUACCACAAAUAUUUUUUGAUUGUUUACGGGAGAGAAUAUCUUGUGGCGGUAAGAAAAAACGUUUACCUAAUUCAACAACAGCCUUUGUCAGAAAAGAUGGAGUACCAUUGGGCACCUUUACUAAAUAUACAUGGCAAAUUACAAAUAUAUUACACGUGAAGAGUAUUUUUGAAACGCCUCUUAUACCUUUAGAAAUAACACGAAGUUUUAUACAAAAUGCAGAUGGUACAUACGAAUUAUAUAAACGAAAAGAAACUGAUAUCGAUCGGUAUAAAAAAACAAAUAAUAAUGCAUUGAUCAAACCAUUGGAAUUGAAAACUUAUCUAAAAGUUGUUUUCCAAAUAAUAUUUUUAGGUAAUACUUCUCCAAAUCAAGUGGAGCCAACGCCGUUCUUAAUAGAAUGGAUACCGGAUAUUCUACCAAUAUCGAAAAUUGGCGAAUUGAGAAUUCGAUUUGAAUUUGGACACGUUAAAAAUGAAGCUAGCCAAAGAUGGAGAAAGAUAGCAUUAUCGAAAAAUUAUUGAAUAAAAAGUUAAAAUGUCUAUAUAAGUUAAGUAUUUAUUUUAAAGUAUUGUAUUGUUAUUUCUUUGUUAUUGCAAAAUUUUAAGUGUUUGAAAAAGAACAAAAAGAAAAAAAAAACAGAAAAAAAAAGAAAAAGAAGAAAAAAAACCACAAGAAUAUUUUACAUUGCAUAGUCAUGUAUAUAUCUAAAUCGGCUAUUAAUCGUAUGCGAAACGAUUUUAUGUUAUAUAUUAUAAGUUAAUUUAAAUGAACUUUAACCCUUUCAGUACAUAAAUUCUAAUAACGAAUCUAUCAAAAUAAUGUGUAAUUAACUUUGUAUAUUUUUAUGAAUGCUUGUACAUUAUUUAUAUAUUUUAUCUGUGUGAAUAUAUUUCAAUUUAAAUUGAAUUAUAAGAUAUUUAACUAACUAGUACUUGAAGGGUUAAAUAAUGCAAAAUUUUUAAUUGUAUAAAAAAAGCAUAUAUAUAUAUAUAUGCUUCGAAAAAAAUUUAAAUACGUUAGAAAGUAUAUUAUCGAUAAUGUACUGAAACAUAUAUAAGUAUUGCUAUUUCUGUUUUUGAUACUCUAAUAGGUUGGAGUUGAAAUUGUUAAAUGCAAAGACUGAUCUAAUUUACUCUGUUUUUUAAAGAUGGGUACAAAGUGCGUUCCUAAAUAAACAAUUGUUUGCCGAUGCGCGAAUAAAAUUUUAGAGAAUCAUUUAGAGCGUCGUUUAAUGAUAAUU